GGGCCUUGCUUGCCUGGAUCCCAACUCGCGUCACCUCAGAUUUUUGGGGCGAGGUCGUUUUGAUUGACUCUCCAAUCCAAACCUCCCUCUCCGUUCCUGCUUUCCCUCAUUUCCCCUUCAACAACCAUCACCACCGAUCGCCGACCUGCCAUCUUCCUCGCCCAGUUUCUAUCAAGAUGGCAGAGAUCAAGAUCGACUCCAAGCUCUUUCACGAGCGCGUCUCGCACUUCGUCAGCGCCUGGAAGAACGACAAGCGCACAUCCGACAAUGGCGUUUUCGCUGGUGUUUCGUCCAUCGUUAUCAUGAUGGGGAAGGUCGAGGAGAAUCCUGAAUUUCACAAGAACAAUGCCAUGCACUUCUGGCUGCUAGGCUACGAAUUUCCGACUACGCUCAUGCUUUUCACCACCGAAAAGCUCUACGUCGUCACAACUGCUAAGAAAGCCAAACAUUUGGAGCCGUUGUCCAAGGGAAAAUUCCCCGUUGAGGUGCUUGUUCGAGGCAAGGAUGCUGCUGCAAAUGAGAAACAGUUCAUCACCAUUGCGGAAACCAUCAAGUCGGCCGGCAAAAAGGUCGGCGUCUUGAGUAAAGAUACAUCCAAAGGCCCCUUCGUCGAUGAAUGGAAAAAGAUAUUCAGCGAAAAAUGCUCCGACGCCGAAGAAGUUGAUAUUUCCGCUGCUUUGUCUUCGGCGGCUUUUUCUGUCAAGGAUGAAACCGAACUACGCUCCAUGCGCACCGCUUCGAAGGCCUGUGUCGCCCUCAUGAACCCAUACUUCUUAGACCAGAUGUCCGACAUCCUAGAUCGGGAAAAGAAAGUCAAACAUAGCGCACUUGCCCAAAUGGUUGACUCGCGACUCGAUGACGAGAAAUGGUGGAAGACAGUUGAGCUGCCUGGAAAGCAGAAACUACCCUCGGACUUUGACCCGUCAUCUCUUGAUUGGUAUCUUGGCCCAGCCGUUCAAAGUGGUGGCAAGUAUGAUCUCAAAUUACACGCGGAGCCCACGAACGAUAAUCUUCAUGCUGGCGUGAUUAUUGCUGGAAUGGGCUUGCGAUAUAAGUCCUACAGCUCCGUUAUCGCUCGAACCUUCUUAGUUGACCCAAACAAAACUCAAGAGAGCGUCUACAAAACGCUACAUACAGCACACAACCUGGUUCUAAAAGAAAUCCGAGAUGGAGCUGUUGCUAAGGACGUCUACAACAAGGCUCUUAGCUACAUCAAGUCAAAAAAGCCCGACUUAGAAAAGCAUUUCGUCAAGAAUGUCGGAUGGGGAAUCGGUAUCGAGAGCAAGGAUACAAGUUUGAUCUUAAACGGCAAGAACUCGCGAUCUUUGAAGGAUGGAAUGACACUGUGCAUUACCACCGGCUUCACUGACGUCGAGAAUCCUUCCCCACAGGAUAAACUCAGUAAGACUUACUCACUAGUUAUCACCGACACCAUCCGAGUGACUGCUAGCGAGCCCGUCGUUUUCACUGGUGAUGCGCCAUCUGAGCUCGAUGCGACGUCAUUUUUCUUCAAUGACGAUGAAGAGAUUCAACCCACGCCGAAGAAGGAGAAGAAAGAUGCGCGAGUUGGUGCUGUUGCUACUAAAAACAUCACCAAUACGCGUCUAAGAUCUGAACGCACUACCCAGGUUGACGAGGAUCAAGAGAAGCGGCGUCGAGAACAUCAGAAAGAACUCGCUUCCAAGAAGCAAAAGGAAGGCCUGGCCAGGUUUGCCGAAUCGACUAGUGGCCAGAAUGGCACUGAGGUUAAGAAGUUCAAGAAAUUUGAGUCAUACAAGAGGGAUAACCAGCUUCCUCUAAGAGUCAAGAAUCUUGAAAUUGUAGUUGACCAGAAGAACCACACAGUUGUCCUUCCCGUGAUGGGACGACCUGUUCCCUUUCAUAUUCACACUAUCAAGAACGCUAGCAAAAAUGAUGAAGGGGAGUGGUCUUACUUGCGAAUCAACUUUUUAUCACCGGGUCAGGGAGUCGGUCGAAAGGACGAUCAGCCAUUCGAGGAUGCGUCAGCACAUUUUGUUAGAAGCUUAACUUUCCGUUCUCUAGAUGGUGAUCGAUAUGAAGAGAUUGCGACCCAGAUCUCCAACAUGAAAAAGGAGGCCACGAAGAAGGAGCAGGAGAAGAAGGACAUGGAGGAUGUUGUGGAACAAGAAAAACUCAUUGAGAUUCGAAACCGACGACCUCCCGUUAUGGAUAACCUUUACAUCCGCCCCGCUAUGGAAGGCAAACGCGUUCCAGGCAAGGUCGAGAUCCAUCAGAAUGGUAUUCGAUACCAGUCACCACUUAACACGCAACAACGGGUUGAUGUGCUGUUCUCUAAUAUUCGCCACUUGUUCUUCCAGCCAUGUGCUCAUGAGCUUAUUGUGGUUAUUCAUAUACAUUUGAAAGACCCCAUUAUCAUUGGUAAUAAGAAAAAGACCAAGGAUGUGCAAUUCUACAGAGAAGCUACAGACAUACAAUUCGACGAGACAGGAAACCGUAAGCGGAAGUACCGGUAUGGCGACGAAGAUGAAUUUGAGGCCGAACAAGAGGAACGACGUCGCAGAGCGGAGUUGGACCGCAUGUUCAAGCUAUUUGCCGAUAAGAUUGCCGAUGCUGGUAAGAAUGAAGGUGUCGAGGUCGACAUGCCUCUUCGUGAACUCGGAUUCAACGGUGUUCCUUUCCGCAGUAACGUUUACAUUCAGCCUACGACAGACUGUCUUAUCCAGGUUACGGAACCUCCAUUCAUGGUCGUCACGCUUGACGAUAUUGAGGUAGCCCACUUGGAACGUGUGCAAUUUGGGCUCAAAAACUUUGAUCUCGUGUUCGUCUUCAAAGACUUCACUCGUACGCCAUUCCAUGUCAAUACGAUACCGGUAGAGUCUUUGGAAGAUGUCAAGGAGUGGCUGGAUUCCUCAGACAUUGCAUUCACCGAGGGACCCCUCAACCUUAACUGGCCUACUAUCAUGAAGACAGUUACUGCUGAUACUCACCAGUUCUUCGCGGAUGGCGGUUGGUCUUUCCUCCAGAAUGAGACCGACGACGAGGAUGACGAUGAAGAGGAAGAGGAGUCCAAUUUUGAAGUAUCAGAGUCCGAGUUGGAAGCAGCAAGCGAGUCUAGUGAAGACGACUCGGACUUUGAUAGUAACGCGUCCGAUGAGGCUAGCGAAGAGGGCUCCGAGGAAGAGGAUGAAGGUGAAGACUGGGACGAAUUAGAGAAGAAGGCCAAGCGGAAAGACCGUGAGAGUGGCUUGGACGAAGAUGACGGCGGCCGUAACAAGAAAAGAAGACGCUAGAGAUUAGCGCUUCAUGGUGCAUGAGCAUCAUCUAAUGAAGAUGCUCUUGACACACAGGCGCGGAUAUUCAUACGGGAAUGAGAAGUUCGUGGUCGGUAUGAUCUGGCUUUUGUUUUAAUAUAAUUUCGGGAACCCGGGGGCGGAGGAUAGGUAGGGAAUAUUCUGUCACCGCGACCAAAUCCCUUCUACGCAGAUUUUAUACGCAAGUUCGUUUACAGUCGAGGUGGCACGCGGCUCGGCAUCAAAUAUGUCGUGGUGAGACGGGGUGGCUCGAGCUGUUUCUCAAUUCAGCGAAUUUCGUUCACUCGCAAGGUUAUGUAGGUUAGGCUGUUACGUUUCAUACAACAAAAGAUAAAGAUUACUCAUAGAUCGAUACGAUGUCC